AGCAUACUAUCUCCGAACCCCCGUAACUCUCUCGAACUACGUACGUGUAUAUCGAGAUAGGCACCAUGUAGGUAAGUAGCUAUAGAUAGGUACGGCGCAGGAAAUGUCGAGCCUAGGUACUUACCGAGAUAGGCAAACGCAUGCGUCUAUCUACAUGUAGGUAGGUGGUUAGGUAGGUACAUUGUGGUUUCACAAUGAUAUCUAAGACAACAGUCAACAUCACAAACUUCCUUCCUCAGAUGCCAUCGCGAUGAAAAGUGCCUAGUCCUAUGAGUGACGAUUCAACCAAAUUAGCAUCAUCCGGUCCAAGUGUACGUGAUAAUGAGUAGUAUCAAGGAAAAAGAUCCCCAGCGUGGGUUUCCCCCAGCUGUGGACUACGAACAAGGCCAGACGCAGCUCGGGACGGUUCACGAUGUACAUAACCUCACGAUUCUUGGCUACACGCCAGAGCUGAAGCGCAACCGGUCGAUGUUGACGUUGCUGUUCCAAUCCUUGGCGAUCGCUGCUAUACCAUAUGGCUUCGGCGGUCCGCUCAUCAGCGCCAUUUACGGCGGCGGCCAGCUGCCCAUGUUCCUCGGCUGGAUCGUCGUCCUGAUCCUGAGCGAGUGCAUCGCACUCUCGCUCAGCGAGCUCGCGUCCCGCUAUCCGACGUCGGCGGGGCCGUACUACUGGUCGUUCCAGCUCGCGAGCCCCAAGUACCGCACGCUGCUGUCCUUCAUCACGGGCUGGACCUGGCUCAUCGGCAACUGGACCAUCACGCUGUCCGUCAACUUCGGCUUCGCCUCCAUGCUCGCCGCCGCCAUCUCCCUCUUCAUGCCCGACUUCGCCGUCGAGGCCUGGCAGCUGCUGCUCAUCUUUUACGCGGUCUGCUUCUUGACCUUUUUCGUGGUCGCGUUUGGCAAUAGGAUGUUGCCGAUGAUUGAUACGAUUUGCGCGGUCUUCACGGCGCUGAGUAUUGUGGUUACGUGCAUCUAUGUCUCGGUCAAGGCGGAUGUCGGGAGGCACUCGCCGAGCUAUACGUUGGGGAACUAUGAUCCGUCGUUGUCGGGCUGGGGCAGCUUUUCUUUCUGGAUCGGUGUGUUGCCUUCGGCUUACACCUUUUCCGCUAUUGGCAUGAUUUCUUCGAUGGCGGAGGAGUGCAGUAAUCCAACGGUCAAACUGCCAACUGCGCUGUCUCUCUGCGUGCCAGUUGGGGGUAUUGCUGGGCUGUUUUUUGUCAUCCCUCUAUGCGCUACGCUUCCAGAUCUAUCAGAAAUCCUCACUGCACCCGUCGGCCAAGCCCUGCCGUAUAUCUUCGGCAAGGUAGUCGGGUCAUCCGGCGGCGGCCUCGCACUAACGCUGCUCGUCCUCCUCAUCACCCUCUUCUGCUCCAUCUCCAUCACCGUCGCCGCGUCUCGGUGCACCUGGGCCUUCGCCCGCGACAACGCCAUCCCCUUCGCGCGCCUCUGGUCCAAGAUCGACGAGCGCCACGGCACCCCCAUCUGGGCGCUCGCGCUCACCACCCUCAUCGAGAUGCUGCUCGGCCUCAUCAACCUCGGCUCGUCCUCGGCCUUCCUGGCCUUCGUGUCGGUCGGCGUUAUCUCCCUUGCCGUGUCCUACGGGAUCCCGAUCGUCAUCUCGUUGAUGCAUCUGCGCAAGGAGGUCAAUAGCGCUAAGUGGACUAUGGGCAGGAAUUUGGGCCUGGGCGUGAAUGUGCUGGCGGUGGCGUGGAUCGCGUUCGAGGUGGUGCUGUUUUCAAUGCCGACGGCACUGCCGGUUAAUGAGGUUACGAUGAACUACGCUAUCGUGGUGUUCGCUGGGUUUAUGGUGUUGAGCGCGAUAUAUUAUGGUCUCUAUGCUCGAAAAGUUUACCGAGGUCCGCCAGAAUCAGAUGGGCUUCCUGUCGAUACCUAGCUGGAUCAUGAUUUGUCAUUUCCCUAGGCAUCCGGUGGCGAUACCAUUCUCUUGAAAGGGCCGUUAAGCAGGCCAUCGGGCGGGCUGAUACGAAAGGAAAACGGGGGUUUAUUGUAGUAUUGUCACUUGAGUACAUAAAAUAUCUCUACCCAAAGAAGGGAUCUUGUUCUAAAACCACUGGUACAUCACGUUGCCAAAUCGUUAGUUGGAAAUAAUCAAACACUGUCAUAUAAUUUUACCUUUUAAAUUCGGACGUGGCGGUGUCAAUGAAGUUCAUAAAAUGCUAAGUAUAUAUAUCAUCUUCCUUCAACAUUAUCCUCACAUAAUAGUCAUGUAUCCAAUACACCUACACGCAGCUAGCUGCAUGAUAGAUAAUCAGAUAUUACCUACCA